GAGUCUUAGCGCGUCGUGUGUGCGCCUCCUCGCUCGCUCGCUUGCUGCUCUUGCCUUGCCGAUCGCCGAGGUUAAAGCGAACAAUACAGAGAGUAAAAAAUGGCUAAAGGUGACCCGAAGAAGCCGAAGGGGAAGAUGUCUGCCUAUGCCUUCUUUGUGCAGACAUGCCGUGAGGAACACAAGAAGAAGAACCCAGAAGUUCCAGUCAACUUUGCAGAGUUUUCGAAGAAGUGCUCAGAGAGGUGGAAGACCAUGUCGACCAAAGAGAAGGGCAAAUUUGAUGAGAUGGCCAAAGCCGACAAAGUACGGUAUGAUAGAGAAAUGAAGGAUUAUGGACCCGCAAAGGGGGGUAAGAAGAAGAAGGACCCCAAUGCUCCCAAACGGCCUCCGUCUGGAUUCUUCCUCUUCUGCUCAGAGUUCCGUCCCAAGAUCAAGUCCACUAAUCCUGGCAUCUCCAUUGGAGACGUGGCAAAGAAACUGGGCGAAAUGUGGAACAACCUCAGCGAUGGAGAGAAACAGCCUUACAACAACAAGGCUGCUAAACUGAAGGAGAAAUACGAGAAGGAUGUUGCGGACUACAAGUCUAAAGGCAAGUUUGACGGUGCAAAAAGUGCAGCAGCCAAAGCGGCGGCCGCAGCUCGGAAAAAGGUAGAGGAAGAGGAGGACGAUGAAGAAGAUGAUGAGGAGGAGGAAGACGAAGAGGAGGAUGACGAAUGAGAAACUGUAUAAUACUUGUCUCCAUGUGAAUACCAUAGAGUAGGGGAAACACCAUUCGGAAAAGAAAAAGAAAAACACACAACCCGCACCCUCUUAUUGAGACGGUGUCUUAUUUGCCCUUUAUUUGGUUUAUUGACAAAAUUUGGAUUUUGAACACCAAACACCGUAGCUUCUCUGAAAAAACAAACACAAAAAUCAAAUCUUAAGUAAAAAGUGCUCUAGGAAAAAUACAGAAAGGAAGGGACGAAAAGCAAAAACCAUUGUAACUGGUUUACAUUAAGUGGCCACGGAUGUCCUAUAGGCCCCCUGAAACUGUAACAAAGUUGUACAUAUUUCCAAACAUUUUUAAAACAAAAAAAAAAAGGUGGAAGCAAAGACGCUCUAGUGUUCUCCUCAACUCUGUGCACUUUCCUGUUGGUGUAACAAAGCAUUUAAAAAUGUUUCAAGCAUCUUAUUUUUUAAUUUGUAAGGUGGUGUUUAACUAUAUGGUUAUUGGCUAGAAAAUCCUGGGUUAUAAACUGUACAUAUCUAUAGUUUGUAAAAACUAGACAGAUUCUUGUGGUUCAUGCUCUGAGCGGUGAUCACCGUGGAGGGAAAGGCGAGCAGUUUUAGGAGAACUGUAGUGCGUUUCCACGGAGGGUUUGUGCCUCUGAGCGCGCACCGCGAAAGUAGAUCUACUUACACUACAGUGGGCGUCCAUUUAGCUUAAAGUUGUCUUUCUGUAUAUAGUGAAAUUAGCAUUCUGCGGCCAUUAGUUGUGGAAGGGGAGGGGGGCAGUUCAGCUGGCAUGAGGAAUUGUAUGGAAUCUUUUUUUUUCUUUCCUUUCCUUUUAGUUGAGUGGGGUAGUUUUUAAACGGAAGCUGUAGGUCUCUUCAUUGUCAGCUUAAAGUGAAGAGAAGGGCGCAGAAAACCGAAGUUCAAAAACACUCUGUACUUAAAAGAGAAACAAAAUUUGCAAAAACGUUAUGUUGGUUUUUGUAUGUUUAGAAUGCUGAAAUGUUUUUGAAGCAAAAAUAAACAGUAUUACAUUUUUAAAACUUCUUGACAAUAUUCUAGAUUUCCUGCUUUUAACAAGGUUACUUUUAGCAGCAGCAAGAAAAAGAAAAUGUUGCAGGUCUGGCCGGUUCCUCCUCCCCACCCCACGCCCACCCCUGGUUGUCUAGUUAAAAGGGGGGGGGAAGCAAAUACAUCCCCUUCUGCCUCCCGAGGCUGCACAUGAUGGACGCUUAAGAUCCGUCUAGGAAAGUUGACUGCUUGAGCUGAUUUGGUGUUUAAAGGAUGCUAUGCAAGUUUGAAUCUUUUAUUACUUGAAAGUGGGAAUCUGGCUGAACACUUGUGACCUUAAUUGUGUGAAUUCCACCGUUCAGAAAGGUAGGUGACUAAGAGGAAGCAGACGUUACUUUCUAGCUGUGUUGGGUCCAUUUAUAGCCCAAAUGCUAUGCUUUGUAAAUAUUAAAAUGUGCCUUUUUUGUCCCGUGUUGAAA